AAACCUGGUUGAGCGAAAACCAUGCUCGCGGGGCCGGCCACGGCUGCACUCGACGAGUGGGACGACUACUGCCUGCCGGACGACGUCCUCAAUGCGAUGCUCGAUGCCGCCGCGCCCGCCAUGCCCGCCGCGCCGGCCGCAGCCACCGCACCGUCUCCGCACCCUGCGCCGUCGAGCAACAUGUUCAGCUCCUUUUUCCCGCCGGGUCCCCUGGCCGCUGCCGCCGGGGCGGCUACGUCGCACGCGCCGGCGCCGCAGUUGUCGUCCGCGGUGGGCGGGCGGAUGCCGCACGCGGCGGCAGCGCCGCCGCAUCAGCUCGCCCACCAGCCGCCGCCGCAGCGGCAGCUACGGCAGCAGCUCCCGCCGCCACCGUUGCCGCAACCACAGCCGCAGCCGCAGCCGCCAGUCGACCCGGCCCGAGCUCCGCCGCACCAGCUGCCAGCGCCCCUUCCGCCGGGGGGCGCCUUGGGCGGCGGGGCGGAGUCGCAGCUGCACCGGUACGUCGGCGAGGUGGAGGUGCUGCGCGCGCGGCUGGGCGAGGCGGAGCAGACCUCCGCGAGGGCAAGGCAGCGCGAGGAGGCACUGAAGGCAGAGUACGACGCCGAGCUCCGUCGGCGAGAGAGCGCCGAGGCGGAGGCGCUCCGGCAGCUGCAGUCGACGCUCGCAUUUCGUGAGCAGGAGCUCGAGCGGACGGCGCGCGACCUCGAGCGGGCGCGCGCCGCUCUGCGCGCAUCGGGAAGCCUCGCUCCUCCCCUGCCGGCCGGCGGCGCCGCUGCGGAGCGCUCUGCCGCCGGGCGAGCGGCGGAGCCGGCCGCUGUCGAGGGGGGCAGGCAGGGAGGGAGGGAGGGAGGGAGGCCGCCGCUGGCGACGAGGCAGCCGCCGCAGCCGCGGGCGCACGCCGCUUGUUCGUCGGCGGCGGGGGGUGCAGGAAUGCAGGACUCGCCCCCGCUCUUUUGCGGCGCGAGCAGCAGCAGCAAGGGGCCGCCCCGCACGCCGGCCCUCAGCGGCGCGAGGCGGCCGCACCGGCUUUCGGGGAGCGGCGGCGGGGGCAGCGAGCGCGCCGCGCAGGCCCAGACCCCCUCGCACCCCCCGGCGUGGGCGGGCGCGCCUCGUACCGCGGAUGGCGCCGCCGCCGCCGAGUCGCUCGGCCGGCGGAAGAGCUCGCCCUCUCCUCCGCGGCUGGUGGCGCCCGAUCGGACCCUUCUUCCCGACGACACCGACGAGCAGCCCUCGCCGCCGCCAGAGUCGAGGCUCGCGCCCGCCGAUGCCAACCUCGACCGCGCCCCGCCCGCCGCCGCCGACCCGCUCGCUGAGUCGAGCUCUCCGAUGCAACUCGACGGGCCAGUGGACGCCCCGGAAGGCGCUCGCGAGAGUGAGGCGCCAUCGCACGGCGGCGGCGGCGGGAUGAUCGCCGCCGGCGACGCGUUGGUGGCGGCGGGGGGCGGCACUGGCGGCGCCGCCGGCCCGGCCGCGGUGCGUCGGCACCCCGCGCUCUUGUUGCCGCUGCUGAUGCGGCCUGGCGGCCCGCUGCAGAGGCUGGUGCUGCUCUCGACCACGGUUGGGCACGGCGGCGGCGGAGUGAGCGCGAGCCAGUUGCUCGCCGCCACGAAUCAGCUCCUCGAUGCCACGUCCCAGCUCGCCUCGGGCGACUGCCACGCGCCCGCACUCCUCGCCGCCCUCCAGCCGUACCUCUGCUGCUUCAGCCCCGGCUGGCGCGACGAGGCGCGUGCGGGCGCUGCGGGCGGGGGCGAAAGCGGCUGGCUGGCCGCGCUGCCUCGGCCCGCUUCUGUCCACGGCACCGCCACUCACACUUUGGGCGGCAUCGCCGGGGGCGAUGCCGGCGGAGGUGGCGCGCGCGCCCUGCUCGUCGCCGCUCUUGCCACCGUCUGCGCGCUCUUUGGAGCCUCUGCGGAGUGUCGCGCCGUCGCGUUGCCGGCGAGGGAGACGGGUGGCGGCGGCGGCGACGGUGGAGCGUCGCCGGGCGAGGCAGCCGGCGAUGUGGAGAUGGGGGAGGCGUCGAGGACGGGCCCGAGGACGGUGGACGCGCUGCUCGCGCUGGCAAACUCGGAGAUGGGGCGGAUCGCGACCGCCCCUUCGAGGCGGGGCGUGUUCGACGACUCCUCGGUCAUCCUCCCCGCCGUCCGCGCCCUCUCGCUGCUUCUUUGGGCCGAGCCGCCGCUUGCAGCAGCCCCGUGUCCACCAGCCUUCCGGCGGUGGUUUGGCGAUGACGGCGACGACGGCGACGAGGUGGCCGGGUGCACGUUCAGCGCGCUGCUCAGCGAGCGCUCUCCGCAUCCGGUCCGACUGGCCACGAUCGCGCUGCUCGAGUCGGUCUUGCGGUCGGAGGAGGCGUUUGGCAUCCUCGUCAAGCCGGCUGCGCCGCCCCGCCGCUCCUCGGCCGCGGGCAGGCUGGCGGCGCUGCUCUCGACGCAGCACAAGCGGACACACACGCAGUCGGGCCGCGCGGCGAGUGGUGUGGUGGGCGCUGCGCUGGGCGGCGACGGGUGGGGGUCCGCCCUGCCGCGGUGUGGAGCCGACUCUGUCGGGCUGGCGGCCCGUGGGGCGGCGGUGGCGAGCGCGUUUCCCGAGGAGCUCGAUGCGGAGGGGUGGGAGGACGGGGAGGGGAGCGCGGUCGGCGGAGAGGGGUGUCGGCAUGGCUGGCCGCAGCGAGGUCGGCCCGAGGCGCGAGAGAGCUGCGCCGCCCUGCGCCUCUUCUCGCGCCUCGCCGUCGCGCAUCCCGCUGCGCCGCGCCGCCUCCUCGACCCGCUGCUCGAUCUGGCGCUGCCCGUCCGGCUCGUGUCCCUGCUCCAGGCGCAGGUCCAUUGGCUCUUCUCGGGCGGCCGCGCCGACCCACUCGAGCUCGCCCUCGUCGAGGACUCGCUGCUGCUGCUCCUCGAGCUCGCGCGCUGCACCGAGAUGUGCGUGGAGCUCGCCGGCGGGUCGUGGAUUGCCGACUUGUCUGUGGUGACGGAGCAUCUCGUGCGCAACGAGGUGCACCCCGCCCUCGCACGCCUCGGCCUCCCGGCCAAGAUGCUGCAGAACGCGCUGAAGCCGGCCGCUCUCCGCGGAUGAGCGAACAGCGCGCGGGGAAGCUUGGACCCCUCCCCCCGCGCCCCCGGGGGCGACUCCCGCAAGCCAACGAGCCGCAAGCCGUACGUACACUGUGACUGUCCAUGAAGCCGCCGAGGACCUACACGGGGGGAGAUGGCUGUGCUCUGCGGGGCGCAGAGGGCGCUGAGUACCGUGACAGUCCCGAGAGUCCUUCUGACAUGUGAGUGAAAGUGCUCUGAGUCUUGAAAAAUUCGAAGCAUAAGAAUUUU